UGGCGUAGGGCGGUGCCAUGUGUCACCAGUUCGAUCGAUAAUUAUUUCUACGAUAACAAGUGCUGAAGUCGAUCACCAAUCUUUCGUGUGAACGAACUUCAUCUGUUUUUUAAUUAUGCAUUGUCGUUUGAAGAUUAUCUUUAUUGUAUUCGUAAGGGGAAAUGUUAACUAAAGAGAGUAACGAUGUUAUAUGUUAUAUAGAACAUUAAAUUUGACAGGCGCGAGCAUCGAACUGUGGUGGGACAAUAAAGAAGUCGGUUAAGAAGUCGCGCAGUCAUCUGUGAUUAUUCAUCGUUAGAUAAACGGUUACUUACGAGUUCAUGUUUUAUUUGUAUUCGAUUUCAGUAAUUUUUUUAUUGAGAUAAAAAGAAGAAACAGUUACCGUGGGAACAAGAUAAAACGAACAACGGUCAAAAUGGGUGAUAAAACAGAGCACAUUGUCAUGACACCCAAAUGUAAGACUGCAAACUCCACCACACUCAUAAUAGAAAGACAGGCUCUUGAGUCAUCAGCAGAAAAUGAGAAUGAAAACAAUGUUCAUAUUGCUGGAGGAGACCACAAAGGGAUAGUUAUUAACAAACAAGCUAUUAAUGUUACAAAUGGUGAACUUCAUCCAGCACAUCUUUGCUUACAAUUUAGAGUAUUUUUGGUGAGUGGUCAAACUGGGAAACAUACCCAAGAAUCCAGAACUCUCCAAUUUUGGUUCAUAGAUACACUUUUAGAGACUGAACAUCCAAGUGUAGCACAAGAAUUCUUUAGAGAAUUAGUUAGUCCACAAGAAUUUCCACGAGAUUAUGUUGGAUUUAUAAAGAAACUAAUGAAGCUAAUGUUGCACAAGUAUCCUAGUAUUAAAAAGAUAGAAGUGGAAUUAAAACAGUUGGAGGAACCAAUUACUCUGCCAGCAAGACCAUCUAAUACUGGUCAUAUACUGUUCACACUUACUCCAUGUAAGAGAAUUAAUUGGAAAUCAGUAUCUACAGAUGAAACAGUCAUGGGUCAGGUGAUUGAACUAACACUGGAAAAAGUGUUAGAAUUAAUUGAAUCUGCUUAUCCAAAUCCAGUAACAGUCAUUGAUUUAUCAAAAGAAUAUGGAUGGGAUCCUUCUGCUAUAGAAACAAAAUUAAAAGAAUUACAAGAGAAGGGUGUCGUCAAAGCAAUGGAACAUGGAGCUUUCACAAGAGUUGUACAUCAAGAUACACAGAUUCAAGUCGUAAAACAAAUGCCAACAAUGGCAAGUGCAAAACAACCUACUAUAGCAAUUAUUACGGCACAAUAUUGUGAGAAGCUUGCAGUUGAUUCAAUGAUAGAAAACAGGGAAACCUUUGUUCGUUAUACUACUGUUGGUACGGCAAACUCAUCAGAUGCAACAAAUGGAGUACCGCGAGUGAUAUGCCGUUUUGGAGAAUCAAACGUUUAUACGUUAGGCAACAUUGGUGCACAUAGAAUUGUAUGCACAAAAUUGCCAACUGUAGGUCAUACGAGAGAAGCAAUGACUGCAGCAGGAAAUACAACUACUAGAUUAUUAGGUACAUUUCAAAAAGUAGAUUUCGUUUUUCUAAUUGGAAUUGGAGGAGGAGUACCUCAUUACACAGAUUAUAACAAACACGUACGACUUGGUGAUGUAGUUAUUUCAUAUCCUAUUCCUCUUAACAAGAAAUACAUUUAUGUAUAUUGUGAAAGCGUAAAGGCGAACAAAAGCGGUGAUUACCAUUUUGAAACCAAAGAAUAUUGUCCAUCAAAUUUAUGUCUUCAAGAAAUUGCUGCCAAUCUUAAAGAACAGUCGGAAAAUGAGACUAAUCCUCCAUGGCAAGCGUAUUUGAAAGAAGGUUUAGAUAUUCUAAGUAACCAAACGGAACACGAUUUUAAAGCACCUCCGCCAGAGUCUGAUAAGUUGUACAUGGCUAUUGGGGAAAGAGAUGUUAUUGAAGUGGCACAUCCUAUCGCACCUUUAGAUGCUACGAACAAAAGAAUGGAUGGCUGUCCUCGAAUUCACUUGGCACCAGUUGCAUCUGGUAGACAUAUCGCGCGCGAUGAUCAACUUAGGCAGAAAUUUGCGGCUCGUUUUGGAGCCCUCGCCUUUGACGCGGAAAUGGACGCUGUCGUUGAAAGUAUUUUGGGCAAUUGCCGUGAAAGUUUUGCAGUUAUCCGAGGUAUUUCUGAUUAUAAAGAUGGUUCUCGUAUUAAGGAAUGGCAACCCUAUGCAUCAUUAGCUGCUGCUAGCGUAAUGAAAUCUAUCAUUUGCGCAAUGGAUCCGCCAACUAACGUGUAAUACGAUUUCCGACGGAAUGUAUAGGGUAACACAAGUAGCAUUAAUGGUUUUACAUUUUCCAUUCUACACAGCAUUUAUUUGUAUAAAAUGGACCAACUAUUUUUCAUUAGUUGAAAGCUAUCGUUGUUUAUAUUGGCGCACUUAAGGAAAAUAAGAGCGCACAAGCUUCAUCAAAAUUACUCAACAAACAGUGUUAUUUAAUUUCUUUUGUUUUAUUUUUAUAUUUUACAUCGCAUUUAAUGCGAAACAAAUCAGUCACUUAAUUUAUGAUCGAGGAGAAAGUAAGAUCGUAAUCAAAAGAUACGACAGUUAGAAAGUAACAUGCACGAAGUGCAUUUUAAUUGAUUAAGAAGAUAUAGUAGGUAAUACGAAUAAUUUUGGUAGUAUGUAGUAGGAAACAAUGAAUUAAACACAAUCACGCUUCCGAAUAAUUUACAUUUAUAUUGCUCAGCAGUUAUGUAUCUGAUUGUGAUAAAGAUAUGUACUGAUUUCUAUUUUUCUUUUUCAAAUUUAUCAAUUUUUCAACACGACUAUUUGGAUGGAUACUUUAUACAACUUGCAUUUUUAAAUAUAACUUGUCGGAGUUAACAGUUUUUAACAUCAAUUAAUAGUUACUAACAUUAACAUCGAUUUACUAUACUAAUGAAUUUUUUAACAUGUUUUCAUAUCACUUUGAUAUGAUUUUACAGAUUGUAUAGAUCUAUUCCUAUACAUUUUGCACUUUUAAUACUGUUUUAUUAUUUUAUAAUGUAUAAGAAAAAUCGGUUCAGCGAUCCUAAGACUGGUGCCAUUUUUCUUCUAUGCCGCACAUACAUAGAUUUCAUAAAAUUCUCUUACGUGGAAAAAUAGCUAUGUAAAGUAAGAAAUUAUAAUGUUUGCAAUAGUUAUGUAGUUUAAAUAUUAUUAUGAUAACGAGUCUCUCAAAUAUCAAAUCUUGUCGGACGGGAUCCGAAGUAAAGUAGAUAGGAGGAAACAGUGAAAGCUUUAAACGAAGCCUCGAUGUAGUCAGCAAGGCAAUUUAAAUAUAGAAUAUAUGAUACCUGAGAUUGAAGGCAGAAAGUACAUUUGGCAGUAUUUGUCUAAACACGAUCAAAUUGUCGUUACAAUAUUAUUCUACAAAAUAUUACAUGUUUCCCAGAGUAUAUCGUCGUUUUAAAAAGGUCUAUCCACUUUAUUCACGAAGCAUGCAGCAAAUGCAUCUAUAUCUUUCGAAUUCGGUGGAAAAAAGGAAAUAUGUAUACACAAUUAUACGCUAUCGUCCAAAAGUUUUACGUAUUUGUUAAUACAUUUCUUGCUUUAAACAAAAAUCUCUUGAUACAUCUUCAGUAUAAAAUACACUUAGUUCGCGCAAGUGUAAUGUAUUUCAAUAAUAUUUUAAUAUGCAUAUUUCAAGUUCAACAUUUCUAAAGAGUUCAAAUAAUUUAGAACACUGUAUCAUGUUUCAUAUCUGAUCUUUGUGUUUUAUUUCUGCCACACCUAAAUUUUAUUAUUUCCAUCUUGCUAAAAAGGUGAUUAAAUUUUUGGACGGUAGUAUAUGUACCAAAUAUAUUUGAAAAUGUACAAUUAAUUAAGUGCCAAUGUGUUCAAUAAAUUUGGUUGGUGUAAAGGAGAUGAGAAUUUUUCUAAAAGAUACAUAAGUAAGAGAUAUUUUUUAAGUCAAUUAAUAAUAUAUAUCAUUACACGAUAAUUUUAAUUAAUUAUCUUUUUCGUAUUUUGAAUAUCUCAUUCUUUAUCUUCUGGAAUAAGGUUCCCAUUACCUGCACAAGAAACAAAUGUUGAAUUGAACUGUAUUCUUAAAAUUCAGAUGUAAAUUGUCAUGUCUUUGAAAAUUCUUUUAUAAAGUUUCAAUAGUAUUUUUAAACUUUGUUGAUAACAUUAAAUGUAACUUCCUCUCUUUUCAACGUUUUUAUAAAUUCUAAAGCACAGGGUAGCAUAUGAAUACUUUAUACUUAAGAAAUAUUUAAAUAUCGGACUCGAGCAUAAAUCUAAACAAUUAGAGAGGUAGUACAUACAUAUAGAUAUAUACAUUAGGGUAGACCUUAGCUAUAUUUGGUGAGAAUUUCAUUAUGAGAUUUUUACGCGAUAUCCACUAGAAUUAUGUCAUUGAUGGAAAAAUUAAUAUGUGCAAAAUUUGAAGUCGACUGGACAAAUGGAAAAUGUACCAAAAUGUAUUGCAACAACAGUUUUUGAAUCGUCCGAUCGAUUUCAAAUUUUAAACAGUUUAUUUUCUCAUUUAGUGGCAUAAUUUUAAGGGUGGGGGAGGGUCCCAAAAAAUUUAAUGAUCGAAAAAUAAGGUCCACCCUAAUAUACAUGUAUUGUUAAUAGCGUUCAAAACCUUGCAAUUUUAGAAGUAUCAUACGAGUUUCAAACAUGUCACUGACUACGUUCUCAGCGACAUUUAAUCGACAAUUUAAAAUCCUAUUUAUUUAUUUAUUUAUUUAUUUAUUCGAUGCAAAAUAUAAUUAAGGCUCUUGAGCUGUACAACAUGAGAAAUAGAUUUUCCUUUUUUGUCGAGGAUAUUGUUUGUUUUGUAUUACUUUAGAAGAACAUUGUUGAAAUAUUUAAAAUACAAAACAAAAUGAAAGAUGAAUAAUAAUUUGUACAGAUAGAAGAACCUCAGAUCAAUUUAAUUGAUAAAAAAAUCACUUGUUGCGUAGAAGCACAUUUUUGAAAUUCUAUAAUGAAUAGAGAGUAAUUAUUACAUACACAUAUUAUAUUAUAAAUAUACACAAAUGCGUAAACAUAGAUACACCACCUAUGUAAAGUAUUUAAUAUGUAAUAUAUAAAUCGUGAAUUCUAUUAUGACGUGGAACUUUAAAUUCGAUUUACCUGACGACAGAUUCCUACUUAAGGCCUAAAUAUUAAUUGCGUACCGAAUGUAUGAACUUUGUUAUGUUAAGCGAAGCUUUCGAGCUUCGAGCUUCCAACUAUAUAUUUACAUAGACUUGCGUUAGUUACAUAUAGUCGCGCGCUUUCAAUGCUAGUCGCACUAUUGUGUUUUCCGUCUGUUUAUAUGUAGGGUUUAAUGUUAAGUAACAAAUACUAUAUGUACGUCCACUUAGUUUUUAUUUAAAAGAAAUUUAUUAGCUACCGUAAUCGACACGUAAUUGUAAUGGAUUUCGAUUUUUAGCAGUUUAAGGUUGUCUCAGUGUUCAUAUUUCGGAAAUAUAUUACUGACCAUUUUACACCGUUUACAAACUAAAAAUCAAUGAAAUCUAAUUUACGAACUGACAAAUGUACUUGAACGCUAUUAUACGUAGUUGCGUAUCGAAGAGAGCUUAAAGCUUCAGAAAUCAGAAUCCACGCUUCAAGCUUAUAAACGAGUAGUCUUCCUGUCAAUAAAAGUAUUCGUUGUUAACAUUUUGAAAUAAGACUUUGGCAAUUGAUCUUAGACAUCGUCUAUUUAAUAUGAACGAGUGUUCGAUGUGGUUAAUAAUAUGGGUGCUGCCAAAACAUUUUCUUAAUUUUAUUUCGAUAUUUUACAUUGUUUUGCGUCAUUAGAAUUGUAGCAAAUGUAUUUAUAUGUGAAAAUAUACACGGUGUCGUGUAAUUUAUACACAGUUGAAACGGGGAUGAUCUCUUAUGUAAAACGAUUUAGGAAAGUCUUCCCUAUCUUCUCAAUCAAACUAAAUCAUUCGUUUUUAAACAUUCAUGUUCGGAUGUUAAAUUAUACAUUUCUUAUAAGUGCAUACCAAAAGUAUGACCACAUGUGUUCGAUAUUAUCGAUUCAAUUUGAUCCGUGAAUUUCAAUGUUCAGUCAAUCGUUUUGUUUUCCACAUACGUAGUCUAUCGAAGCAGAAAGCCUUAAAAAUUCUUUAAAUUUAACAUGAAGGAUAAGAAGAAUAUAGCCAAGGCUAAAAAUCAUUUAAAAAAGAUACUUGACAUUAAAUUGUUCAACCAAUGGGAGAACAUAGAGCCUGAUAUUCGAAGAAUAAUUUCUCAGAAAACUUUUUUAGAAAUUCAAAUCGGAAAAAAUGUAAAUUAUAAUGAUUUAUGUAACUCAUGGAUUUAUCCAACAAAUCUUGUCUACAAUGGAUCGCAGUAUGUUGUGCCACAAACUCCAGGUAUAUAUAUUGGCAAUAUUUGACAGAAUACCUUCUCUAUUUGGUACAUAACAAAAUUUAAGAAUGUUAACAAAUUGUAAAGCUGUAUAAAACACUUAUUUACAGAAAAUAAAUUCACGAGGGAAUGUAACAAGAAACGCAACGAUAUUCUUUUAAAAAAGUUGUGGGAAUUUUUUAAGUUCGUCAGGCUUCGUUCGUUCAGUGCAAAAGGCGUUUCCGCAAUUUUAGGAAUCGUAUACUUGACGCAUUUAUUUUUCCUUUUGAACCCAUGGUGGACAGCUAAAGAAAUUUAUGAGUUUUUUCAUCAAAGUAUAUUGCUGUACGUCGUAUUGGUUCGUAUUUUUUAUACCUUCUCAAUAUUAUAACAAGUAUUAAAGCUUUUUUAAAAAACAGUGAUUGACUAAGGAACAAAAUUAUCAGGCGUGGGUUGUCCCAUCUUUUUAAAAUACCCUCUAUAUCUUCUAAUUAUGACAUUAUUAUCUGUGAGAAAUCAUUGUUCAAUGAUUUUUUUUAUGAUUAAAAUAAUAAGAAAGAAUUAUCUCCAAACUUAAUCAAUGCAACGAUUUAUAUAUAUCAAAAUUGUUAAUUGUCAUAAUUAUUUGAUACGCGCGAUUAUUUUUAAUUGUUAAAUAUCGUUAUUUCGU